AUGGGUUCGCGAUUCCAAUCUCAUCAGCUGAGUAAUGGCCUUUAUGUCUCAGGCCGGCCUGAGCAGCCAAAAGAGAAGACCCCCACAAUGAGCUCCGUAGCCAUGCCAUACACUGGUGGCGAUAUCAAAAAGUCUGGAGAACUCGGUAAAAUGUUUGAUAUCCCAAUGGAUGGCUCCAGGUCGAGAAAAUCGGGUCCCAUUAACAAUGCUCCUUCAAGAACGGGGUCUUUUGGUGGCUCUGCUUCUCACUCGGGCCAACUAAAUUCCGUGAAUCGGGCGGGUUCUGGUUCUUCUGGUGGUGUUUCUGGAUCAGCUUCUUUAAAGAAGACUAAUUCUGGUCCGCUUAAUAAACAUGGAGAGCCACUGAAAAAGUCAUCUGGGCCUCAAGGUGGAGGAGCAACUGCCAUGUCCCGCCAAAAUUCUGGCCCUCUUCCUCCCGUUCUUCCAACUACCGGCCUCAUUACAUCUGGGCCUAUUACUUCAGGUCCUCUAAAUUCAUCAGGGGCUCCUCGCAAGGCAUCUGGUCCUUUAGAGUCGACUGGAUCAAUGAAGUUGCACAGAGAUGCUUCCACAGUCAAUAAUCCAGCUGUUACUCACCUUAGCCAGGAUGAUGAAUAUUCUUUCCACAAAAGCUUCCCAAAGCUAAUCCUUUGGUCCAUCAUUCUUCUCUUUGUGAUGGGAUUUAUUGCGGGAGGCUUUAUCCUUGGGGCUGUUCACAAUCCCAUUCUUCUUGUAGUCGUCGUUAUACUUUUUGCUGUUGUGGCUACAGUAUUUACCUGGAAUACUUGUUGGGGACGAAGAGCUAUUACUGGUUUUGUAGCUGAUUAUCCAGAUACUCAGUUAAGAACUGCAAAAGAUGGACAGUUCGUCAAAGUUUCUGGGGUUGUUACCUGUGGAAAUGUUCCCCUUGAAUCGUCAUUCCAGAAAGUUCCUAGAUGUGUUUAUACAUCCACGAGUUUGUAUGAAUACCGAGGAUGGGAUUCGAAAGCUGCCAACCCCACACAUCGCCGCUUUACUUGGGGCCUUCGUUCGUUAGAGAGGCAUGUGGUUGAUUUCUAUAUUUCUGACUUCCAAUCUGGUUUGAGGGCAUUGGUUAAAACUGGCUAUGGUGCAAGAGUGACUCCUUAUGUUGAUGAAUCUGUCAUUGUUGACAUCAAUCCAGCAAAUAAGGACGUGUCUCCUGAGUUCAUCAGAUGGCUGGGAGAAAGGAACCUUUCAAGCGAUGACCGUGUAAUGAGAUUGAAAGAAGGGUGCAUCAAAGAAGGUAGCACUGUCAGCGUGAUGGGAGUCGUGCAGCGGAACGAUAACGUUCUGAUGAUUGUUCCUCCACCCGAACCUUUUUCAACUGGAUGUCAGUGGAUUAAAUGCAUUCUUCCGGCCAGUCUCGAAGGCAUUGUGUUAAGAUAUGAGGACUCUUCGAAGAUAGAUGUCAUACCCGUUUAG